AGCUCAUUUGAACACCAAGUGUAUGUGCCUAGCAGCAUCCUUUAACAGUUACAAUGCAAAAAAUAUACCUUUUAACAAUAAUGGCUGCGCUAGCCUCAGUAGCAGUGUCUCAAUUACCUGCGGAUGUUGAGAAGUAUCAUCGCGCUUGCUUGGAUGAAUCCAAAGUCUCGGACGAUGAGCUAAAACAGUUUUUUCAAAAUGGCAUGAGAGCCAGCGAUGCAACUGAGAAUAUAAAAUGUCAUAACAAAUGUAUGAUGCAAAAGAUGGGCAUAUUCAAAGAUGGUGUCUUCGAUGCCGAUGCCAAGAUGAAAGAACUCAUGCAAAAUCCCAGCAUGAAAGGACAUGAAGCUGAAAUCAAGCAAGCGUUGAAUGAUUGCAAGAACGAGAAGGGCGCCAAUGAAUGUGAUACGUCUUUCAAGAUUACCAUGUGCCUCAAGGAUUUUAGUAAACCGCAACAUGCUUAGAUUUGGAGGUUUCUAUGACCUUUUUAUUAUUAUUGUUUCAAAAAUCUUGUGCAGUUGAUGAUGAUUUGUCGGUGAAAGUAUUUAAUAAAAUAAAUAAAGUAAAAAA